GCUCCGCUCCUCAGUAUAAAUACUCUCACACACACUACACACACUUCUCCCUUUCUCACCCCACACUCACUCAACAAGCUCACUAAACCUAUACACACACUUUAUCUUUCUGUAUCGACGCAUUUCGUUUGAUGAUCGAUCUGCUCGAUUCGAGGGCAUAGCGCUGCUCUCAGAGCUCAGUAGCUGCAGUAGUGAGCUCGGUCCUCCGAUUUUCUGCCAAUCAUGAAGGCAUGCUAAUUUGGUUCCACAAACACUUAUUCAAUGAAGCAUGCAGUCAUGAAUGAUGAGAAUAGGCCAUCCAACCUUGGGGAGCCUACUGCAAGAGUCACAAGAGCACGGGCAAAAUUCUUAGGCUCAUCAAAUGGAUUGCCACCUCUAUAUCCUUCAACAAAACAAGAUGACAAACGGGUCUCACGAGCAAGCUUGAAAAGAGCUGCACCUGACAAACCAGCAGGGAGUUCAGCUGCUUGUCACCCGCGUAAGAAAAGGGCUGUUCUUAAGGAUGUAACUAAUAUCAACUGUGAAAACUUGUACAUAAACUGCAUCAAUGCAGCGAAAGGUCAGCCUAUCAGGCAGGACAGAAAGGGGUCCUUGCAGAAGAAGGGAAAGGUUGAAUCUGCUUGUUAUGCUAAAAAUUCCAAGGUUCUGGGAGUUAAAGAAGAAAACAUAGUGGAUGAGAUACACCAAGUUGAAGCGGAGGGAUCCCAGGAUACCUGCCCUGCUGAAGACUUGCCAACUGAACCAACUGAAUUGAAAAAUGAAGAAAUGUCAGCUGCAGCAGGUCCGGUUCCUCUGAAGAUAGAUUCCAUCAAAAGUUGGGGUCCAUCUGAUAGAGAUGAAGUCGUGCUUUGCAUGAAACAGGAGAACUUGGAAGAUAGGGGAGUUAUUGAUAUAGAUUCAAAACACAGGGAUCCACAGAUGUGUAGCCUCUAUGCAGCUGAUAUAUAUACUAGUUUAUUUGCAAGACAGGUUGACCGAAAGCCUUCUCCAGAUUACAUGGAAAAUCUGCAGCGCGACAUCACCCAGAGAAUGCGGAGUAUUUUGAUUGAUUGGCUUGUGGAGGUUACGGAAGAAUAUGGUCUGGUCCCUGAUACUCUCUACCUCACUGUAAAUCUCAUAGAUAGAUUCCUAUCUGAGAAUUACAUUGACAAGAAAAAGUUGCAACUUCUUGGUGUAACAUGCAUGCUAAUUUCAUCGAAAUACGAAGAAAUUUGUGCACCUCGUGUGGAAGAAUUUUGCUUUAUCACUGACAACACAUACACAAAAGAAGAGGUGGUGCAUAUGGAAAGCCGAGUUCUGAACUUCUUGAGAUUCCAAUUAUCCGUUCCCACCGUGAAGAAGUUCCUCAGGAGGUUUAUUCAAGCAGCACAAGCUUCUUAUAAGGUCCCUUCUGUUGAGCUGGAAUUCCUGGCAAAUUAUUUAGCAGAACUAACUCUAAUCGAGUACAGCUUCCUCAAAUACCUUCCAUCCCUAACCGCUGCCUCCGCCAUCUUCCUAGCUCGAUGGACUCUCGAUCAGUCCGACCAUCCAUGGAACCCGACUCUGGAGCACUACACGAGGUUCAAGGCACCGGAGCUGAAGAACACAGUCCUAGAACUGCAAGACUUGCAGCUGAACACAAAAGGAGGCGACCUCAGCGCCAUCCGUGAAAAGUACAAGCAAACUAAGUUCAAGUGCGUCUCAACUCUGCGCUCACCAGAAUCUGUGGAGUCGCUCUUCUAAGGAUAACAGCCUCCUCGUCUCCUGACAGUAUUUAUGACAGCCAGCGUGCGCCAACUGACCCCACCACCGGCAGGCAGAUAAGUGGACAACUAAUGGACGCCGUCCCCAUUCUUUACUCGUACAUCUUGCAGUAAUCUCUCACUCUCACCAUUGAUGAUUUGCUGUGUUGUAAACCAAUCAGCUCUGGUGCUUCCAGAAAUGCUUUUGCAAUGGGAAAUGUUGUAAUGGCAAGAAUGAUAUGAGCAGCUACUUAUUUAUAAAAGCACAUAAUGCCUCUUUAGUUGUGAGAAUUCUGUUAACUUAGCUCUAACUGCUUCAAUGUGUCUGUCUCUCUCAACAAAUUCUCAUCUUCAUCAUUAUAUCAAUGGUGAUAAAUUAUUCCUAAUAAAUUUGAUUCUCUCAUCGAAACUACUGCAAAGAAAAUGUAACAUUUUAGGAUUUGUCAUGAUGUAUGUUGCAGAUUGUUGUUGCCUCCAGUCAAACAGCAUAUUUAAUGGAGUAACAUAAAUUUGUUCUCUAAGGUAUGUUUACUUUGAUGGAAAAGUUUAGUUUUACUAUUUGUCAUCAUUUUCAUAUAUUUAUUACGAUAGAAAAUUUUAUCCGGGUGGAGUGAAAUAUUUUUUCGAAAAACUCAUUUUCACUCAUUUAAGUAGUUGUAUGAAAAUGUUUUCUCAUUUGUAAUAAAUACUAUAUGAUAAAAAAUGAGAGACAACAUAAUAUUUUCUUAUUUUUUUAUUUAUAUUUUUUAAUAUAAAUUUUACAAACGCAAGCUUAAUAGGGAUGUAAACCUGUAAAGAAACCUUAGAAUAUUUAUUAUGCACCAAUAUACUAAAUUUGGUGUGAUCUUUGAUUUAUUGGGGCAAUCUUUGCACUAAAUUUAGUAUUUUGACGUAUUCAACGUCAAACCCAUUUUACACGAAACGAAUAUUUUAAACUUUUACUGAUUUUUUGUCGAACAGUUUUUAAAUUUUCUAGGUUGAAUACUUUAUUACGAUUAAUUAAAUAAUAAAAAAAGAACUCUAUAAAAAAAAUUAAAUGAAAAAAGUUACACAGUAUCCGUUAUGAAUUGCAACUCAAGAAAUUACCUAAGAAAUUGAAAAUCGUCUCUUCCUCCCUCACUGCAACGGCGAUGGCGCUGGUGGAGAAACCCUCAAUCGCGUAACUUUGAAUCCUUCGAUUUCGCAGGCAAGUCAUUUCCAUCUCCCAACACCAUUGAUUCUUCUCCAUUAUGAUUGCAAUUGCGCGCAGGAGUCUCUCUUGUUUGUUUUUGUGCCCUAAUUCAUUUCUCUGCAACCCCAAUGUUCUCUCAAUCCGCUCUUUUUCGACUGCGAGGGUUAAAAAAAUCACAACCCCUUCCCCUGAAAUUUACGAUGUGUUGGUCCAUAACCACCAAUUUUCUCCUGAAUUGGCCGCCGCACUUGCUUCAUCGCGCUUACCUAAAUCUACAACUCCCGGAAGAGCUGAUUCAGUGUUGUCAUUCCUUAAAGAGAAGAGCUUCACGACUGCUCAGCUGCAGAAACUCGUCGGAUACUAUCCUCGGAUUCUAGGGCUUACGAUUGAGGGCUUUGAAUUCAGAUUCAAGCCAUUCCGAGACUUGGGGCUUUCUUCCGAGGAGAUUGCGAAGAUAAUUUCCAAUAAUCAGAUGAUUUUGCAGUUAUCUAUGGCCAGCAACAUCAUUCCCAAAUUAUCGAUGCUGAAGGGCUUGCUGGGAUCCAAUGAGGAGGUGGCCAGACUCUUGAAAAAUUGCGCAUGGUUUGUGUUGUCUGAUUUAGAGAAGAAGUUAAUGCCAAAUGUGGAAAUCUUGAAGAGCUGUAGCAUACCAAUGGAGCGUAUCGUUCACUUCCUCCACUCCGAGCCGAGAUGUUUCCUAGUCAAGUCGGAUAUUAUGAGGAAAUCUGCAGACAAGGCCAUCGAAUUUGGGGUCUCUCGGACUUCGGUUGUUUUCAUCCACGCUCUCAAAGUUCUCUCUUUUACGGGCGAAGAGACGUGGGAAGUCAAGAUGGAAACUCUCCGUGAUUUGGGAUUUUCUGAUGAUGAUAUAUUCACAAUGUUCAGAAACCACCCUAAUGUGUUUGGAGCGUUGGCAAAGACAAUGAAGAAUAAAAUAGAUGUUCUGCUCGCUACCGGGAAGUACAAUAUAUCCGAUAUUGUCGCUUUUCCGGCGGCACUUGGGUUCAGUAUUGAGAAGAGGCUUGAGCCGCGGAUCCAAAUUCUAAGAUGUUUGGAAAGUAGGAAUCUCAUUGAAAAGUGGCCAGCUCUUUCGGGACUUUCUAGAUCUACAAACGAUAGAUUUUUUGACAGCUUUGUUAGGCCUUAUUGCGACGAGAUUGGCCGUGAAUGUAUCACAAAAAUAUGUCAAGGGCAAAGGGAAAUGAAGCUUUCAGUGGAUGUUCAAGAAACUUGUAUGAAGUCCUAGUGCUUAGGUAAAGUAAUUUCAUAGAUUAUCUAAGUAAUCUUGUAUAUUUCAGUUUUUAUUGCCCCAUAUUUUCUAUGAUUAUGAAUUUAAUGUUCUGUGUAA